AUGUCCGGACUCCAGUACGCUCCCGGAACCGUGAUCUCCGGAGUGCCAGGAGCUGCUCCCGUGAGCUCCUACCCCGUCAUGUCCUACGGCUACCCCGUCACCAGCGGAUCUGCCGCUCCUGUUUCCUACGGCGUGCCCCAAGCAGUUGGCAGCCUCCAGCCUGUCGUCUACUCGCAGACCAUCCCAGUGCCUGUCCAGACCACCCAGACCGUCAUGGAGAACCAGACUAUUAUGGAGAGCAGAGAGGUUACCGUGAAGGUUCCCAAGGUCAUCAUGGAGGAGGUCGAGAUCACCUACCAGGUCCCAGCGAUGGAGGAGCGCGUCCACACCGUGCAGCGACCCAAGACUGUCAUGGAGGACAGGGAGAUCACUGUCCAGGAGCCUCGCACCGUGAUGGAGCCUAAGACCGUCCAGGUUCCCACCUACCAGACCGUGCAGCAGGAGGUCACCAUGUCAAAAGUGCUCGAGUACAGCCGCCCCAAGCUUGUCCAGCAGCACUACAUCCAGCAGUCCGUUGCUCCCUGGAGUACCGUCACCAUGACUGCACCAAGCUACACUGGAGCCAACGUCUACAGCACCACCCAGCUGGCUCAGCCACAGCAGCAGCAGCAGCAGCAGCAGGGACAGCAAUUUUAUCAGCCAUCGGAUGAUGCCAUCUCCGCAUAA